AACUUCUAUCGCGAUCAAAAAAGCGGCAAGUGUUGAAUACGUGACGUAGACCACAGUUUUGUUGACGAACCGAAGAUGGCGGAGUACCUGGCCUCCAUUUUCGGUACAGAGAAAGACAAGGUCAAUUGUUCAUUCUACUUUAAAAUUGGAGCGUGCAGACAUGGGGACCGCUGCUCCAGGUUGCACAACAAGCCAACUUUUAGCCAGACCAUCUUGAUUCAAAACAUCUACCGUAACCCCCAAAACAGUGCACAGACGGCCGACGCCUCUCGCUGUGCUGUCAGCGAUGUGGAGAUGCAAGAGCACUAUGACGAGUUCUUUGAGGAGGUCUUCACAGAGAUGGAGGAGAAGUACGGCGAGGUGGAGGAGAUGAACGUUUGUGACAACCUGGGUGACCAUCUGGUCGGCAAUGUCUAUGUGAAGUUCCGCAGGGAAGAGGAUGCAGAGAAAGCCGUGAUGGACCUGAACAACCGCUGGUUCAACGGUCAGCCCGUCCACUCGGAGCUCUCCCCUGUCACUGACUUCAGAGAAGCCUGCUGUCGCCAGUAUGAGAUGGGGGAGUGCACCCGUGGUGGCUUCUGCAACUUCAUGCACCUGAAGCCCAUCUCCCGGGAACUCCGCCGGGAGCUGUAUGGACGCCGCAGAAAAGGCAGGGGAGGUGGUGGACACCGCUCCCGUUCGCGGUCCCGGGAAAGGCGUUCUCGCUCUCGGGACCGCGGCCGUGGUGGAGGCGGCGAUCGGGGUGGCGGACGGGACCGUGAGAAGCGGAGGUCCAGGGACCGGGAACGUUCUGGAAGAUUUUAAGAUGAGCCAAGACCUAACCUGCCCCUCCCGUCACCUUUUCCCCUGUCUGACCUCUCCCUCCUUGAUGAAAAAUAUGUGUGAAAUGUUGGAAUCGUCGUUGAGUUCGUUUUUCUUUUAUCCCUUUUUUUUAAAGACACAAAUACAAGCUUAAGUUGCUUUCUCAAUAAAACAAACUUUGUAGUGAU